CGCACCAGGUCCGCACUCGAGCUAAAACCGAGAGACCCCCUUCCACUUCUACCUUUGGGCUGGGCGCUCAAUGCGAAGCCGCUGCAACUCAGGCACGCCUAAAUCAACUCAUGCAGAAAAAGGAGAAAAGUUUUGGUAUACAAAUGCUCUCAGUCCAGCCAGACACCAAGCCGAAAGGUUGUGCUGGCUGCAACCGAAAGAUCAAGGACCGGUAUCUUCUAAAGGCGCUGGACAAAUACUGGCAUGAGGACUGCUUGAAGUGCGCCUGCUGUGACUGUCGUUUGGGAGAGGUGGGCUCCACCCUGUACACUAAAGCUAACCUUAUCCUUUGUCGCAGAGACUAUCUGAGGCUCUUCGGCGUAACGGGAAACUGUGCUGCUUGUAGCAAGCUCAUCCCUGCCUUUGAGAUGGUGAUGCGUGCCAAGGACAAUGUUUACCACCUCGACUGCUUUGCAUGUCAGCUUUGUAAUCAAAGAUUUUGUGUUGGAGACAAAUUUUUCCUAAAGAAUAACAUGAUCCUUUGCCAGACGGACUACGAGGAAGGUUUAAUGAAAGAAGGUUAUGCACCCCAGGUUCGCUGAUCUAUCAACAUCACCCCAUUAAGAAUACAAAGCACUCCAUUCUUUUAUCUUUUUUGCUCCACGUGUAUAUAAGAAUUGACACAGGAACCAACUGAAUAGCGUAGAUAUAGGAAAGCAGGAUGGUUAUAUGGAAUAAAAGGCGGACUGCAUCUGUAUGUAGUGAAAUUGCCCCAGUUCAGAGUUGAAUGUUUAUUAUAAAAGAAAAAAGUAAUGUACAUAUUGCUGGAUUUUUUUGCUUGCUAUUCGUUUUUUUGUGUCACUUGGCAUGAGAUGUUUAUUUUGGACUAUUGUAUAUAAUGUAUUGUAAUAUUUGAAGCACAAAUGUAAUACAGUUUUAUUGUGUUACCAUUUGUGUUCUGUUUGCUUCUUUGUAUUGUUGCAUUUAGUACAAUCAGUGUUUAAACUUACGGUAUAUUUAUGCUUUCUGUAUCUACCAGCUAUUUUAAAUGAGCUGUAACUUUCUAGUAAAGAAUUGAAGAGCAAAUCUCA